GCGGCUGUGUAUGGAUCGGAGGCGGUGCUGCGCCGGUCCUGGUCCUGAAUCAACCCUCUGCCCUCAUCACGACCCAUCUUGCUCCUCCAUCUCGAUCGUUACUCGCGGAUAGCCAUCCCCAGCAUCAGCAUCAUUACCGAUACCAUCGCCAUGUCGCCGGCCCAUCUGCUUUUCGUUCUCCCGCUGCUGUCGAUGCUGAUCGCACAGGUUGCAGCCAUGCCGUUGAAGCUUGAUUUUGGACCGCCAUCAACCGACAUUGCCGACACCGACACGACAUACCCCGUCGAUCCGCUCUCGCCCGAGACCGCCCACCGGAUGAUCGAGGACGACCGCCAGGCCCACGAGACAUACUCGGCCCUCCUGAACGACUCACACUAUCCGUCCUACGUCGCCAAAUCCGAGGCAUACUUCAACAAGGUCUCGGGCUUUGGAGUCAGCCCCCUGUCCCUCUUCCAGGACGUCAGCAUUCCGAAUGACCAAAUCAUUCGGGUCGUCUUUGGCGAAAACGAAACGAUCACGCCAACCCAUCGGGCAGCUUUCGUCCACGCAGCCCUGGCGAGCUCCCAAGGCUCCCGAGCGUCUGCCCAGCCCCAGAAGUUCGACGCCCGGUCUUUCAACUGGGUAACAAGUGUCAAGAACCAGGGCGGCUGUGGCAGCUGCGUUGCCUUCUCGGCAGCAGCCGCUGUCGAAAGCACCUAUUUGUCGCAGAAGCAGUCCGCAGAUGUCUCCGAGGCCGACCUCUUCUUUUGCCUCGGCAAAACCUCCAAUGCCACAUGCUCCAGCGGCUGGAACGUGGACCAGGCUGCCUCUCAGCUCAAGAACCAGGGCUUUGCUCCCCGGUCGGUCUUUCCGUAUCCCUCAGGCCUGACCAAGGACUCGGUCGAAGGCUGCAACGAAUCCAAAGCUCUCACCCGCACCAAGGUCGGUUCCAAGGUCCUCACAUCCAUUCCGGACGUCAAGGAACACAUCAUGACCUUUGGAGCCGUCGCGACUGGGUUUGUGGUCUACUCGGACUUUUUGAAACCCAGCAAGCUUGCCAACAACGCCGUCUACAAUCCAGCCAACGACAAGAACCAGACGCUAGUCGGUGGUCAUGCAAUCUCGGUGAUUGGCUGGGAUGAUCAAAAGGCGGCGUGGCUGUGCAAAAACUCGUGGGGCACCGACUGGGGAACGAAGGGGUACUUUUACGUUGCAUACGGCACAGCCGGAUUGAUGAGCUUCAACACACAGGACUUUUCUGUGAUCGGAUACUAUCUGCAGUGAACCGCUCCUCUAUAAAGUUGCGAUAGUCGUUGUUUCCAGGAUGCGAGCGUCCAAUGGGGCUGGUGAGGGAUUCAACUCCACUCAGAAACAUACCGAUGAAGGAGUCUAAGCAAGGCGACUUGCUAUCACCCUUGCCACUGGAAUAUAACUGAUGGACGGAGGUGAUAUAUAGGAUCGGAUCUAUUGAUUGUGCUGGGAAUUGGAUUGUGACACUGGCCAUACAUUGAAGCCAAUACACAAGGAUUGACCAAA